GAGGGAGGAGAGGCAGACAUCGACACCUAGGCAGUGGCAGUUACAUCCACAAGACGAGAGGGGAUAGACGUUUCUCAAUGGAGUGCGUAUUUUGAACCACAGCCUGUACAGAGACCUCAGCGGGGUAGAACUAUUUUUCAAUCCGGUGUUGAUCGUGGAGCUGCUGGAAGGCAUAAUUGCGCGCAAGGAAUAAACAUGGCCCCAAGUCAAUAUCUCCACGGGGCCUUGGCUGUGUUUUGUGUGACUCUAACCUGCAAUGGAUUUAAUAUAGACUCACGGUUUCCAGUUAUCAAAGAAGGGAAAACCAAGGGCAGUUUCUUUGGAUUUGCUGUUGCCCUGCACAAACAGACGGAAGGGUCCACGAAAUACCUUCUCCUGUCAGGAGCACCCAAGGAGAAAGCCCUGGCUCUGAGGAACGUCAAUGAGACGGGCGCCAUCUACUCCUGCCCUGUCACCACAGAGCUUAACGACUGCGAAAGGAUGGACUUGGUCAGCUCUACGGACUCGUCUGAGAUGGUGGAGGGGAUGUGGCUCGGAGUGACUGUGGCCAGCCAGAGAGACCUGCCAGGGGGUCGAGUGCUGGCUUGUGGGCACCGCUACGUGAAGGUGGUGCGGGGGGGCGCGGAGGAGCAGCGGCGGAUGGUGGGGAAGUGCUACGUCAGGGGCAAUGACCUGACCUUCGACCCCAACGACGAGUGGCAGGCCUACAGCUACGAGGUGUGCAACCCCAACUUUGACAUGGAGCUGGAGGGCUUGUGCAACAUGGGCAUCUCGGGGGGCAUGACCGACACGGACGUCUACAUCGGCUCUGUGGGCAGCUACGUGUGGCAAGGCAAUGUUCAUGUAACGUGGAGAGACCCUGAUCCAGGAAACUCGUGGGACUCAAGUGACAAAGACUUUGGGCAACUGAACAGACGAUACAGCUACAUGGGUUACUCUGUCAAUGAGGACAAGAAGCUGCUGAGUCAAGACUACUUCACGGUAGUGACGGGGUCUCCCAGAGAUGAAUCCAAGGGCUCAGUGAUGCUGGCUAAGAAGGGCAACACAGCGCUGGUGACCGAGUUCAUCAUCCCAGGAGAACAAGUGGGCUCGUACUUUGGGAACAGCCUAGCUGUCACCGACCUCAACAAUGACAACUGGAAUGACCUGAUCGUAGGUGCCCCAUUCUACUUUGACCGUCAGAAGGAGGAGGGAGGAGCGGUGUACGUCUUCAUGAAUGAGAACGGCUCUUUCCAGAAGACACCUAGCAUGGUACUGAAGGGUCCUACGGCAUCUGGUUUUGGAUUCGCCGUGGCAGCCAUUGGCGACGUCAACCAAGAUGGAUUCCAAGACUUUGCAGUAGGAGCCCCAUUCCAUGAGACUGGGAAUGUCUACAUCUGGAUGGGAAGCAAGAAGGGAAUCUCUGAGGAGCCUAGUCAGGUUAUUGAGGGGAAGUCAGUGGGUAGUGGUGGGUUCCAGACCUUUGGCUAUUCCAUCAGUGGAGGUAUGGACAUGGACGAGAACAGUUACCCUGACCUCCUGGUUGGUUCUCUGGAUGACCGCAUCGCUCUGCUCAGGGCUCGUCCAGUUAUCCAUCUCUCUAAGAACUUCACCGUGCUGCCAAAGAUUGUAGACCCUAACCUUUGUCCCCGUGGAAACAAAUCCUGUGUGACUGUGACUGUGUGUUUCUCCUACACACUCAGCAAUGGAAACAAAGAUUUCAAGAAAAACAUCAUGGUGAAGUACACAGUGGAAGCCGACAUGCAUCGCCGGAGCCCUCGAGUUCUCUUCCUUGUCAAUAAGCUUGCCACCUACACAGGCCUCCUUACCAUGCCAUCUCCCAAGACCGAGUGUCAGGUGCUGGAGCUCAGACUAGAGGAUCCUGUGAGGGACAAACUGGAGCCGGUGGUUUUCUCCCUCAACGUUUCCCUGGAUGAGCAGAAACCCAAAGUUAGGAAGGCCCUGCAGAACCUGGACUCCUACCCUGUACUGAGCCACAAACAGAAAGUGACUGAGAGGAAAGAGAUCAACUUCCAGAAGGAGUGUGGCUCAGACAACAGGUGCACCAGUAACCUGCAGCUAACAGCUACGUUUGCUAACGAGUUACUGAAGCCUUACCCCAGUCAGGGGAACCACCAAUUGCUGCAGUACAGCAGUAAUGUGAAAAAGGUGGUGCUACUUGUGGAGAUAACUAACGUGCCAGGCCCUGGAAAGGUAGCUGAGGACGCCCACCAGGCCAUGCUCAACAUCUCCACCCCCUCCACGCUCCGUUACUCUGGCGUGCGCUCCCAUGAUACUGGUGUAGAAUGCCGUGCUGGAGAUACUGUUAUGUGUGAGCUGGGGAAUCCACUGAGGAGCAAUGAGAAGGUCUCUCUGCAGCUCAUCUUUGAAACAACAGGGAUCAACCUCCAAACCAGGGAGAUUGAGUCUCAGUUGCUGUUGUCCACGUUGAGUGAGCAGAAUGACCUGUACCCUGUGUCUGUGGUCCUGUUGAUAGAGACCUCCAUCCAGACCUCCUUCUCCAUAGAGAAUCCCCUAGUCCAGACCUACUUCAGCGGGGAGGUGAUGGGAGAAUCAGCUAUGAACACCACCAGUGACGUGGGCAGUCUUGUGGAAUACACCUUCAAGGUGUCAGUGGAGGGAGAGCCUCUGGGUGCGCUGGGGACCCUGGCCGUAGAGUUUGAGUGGCCCUUCGAGGUGACCAGUGGGAAGUGGCUUCUCUACCUGACUGAGAUCGUCACCAAGGGGACAACUGAGACACACUGUGUCCCUCCAGGGGACAUCAUCAAUCUUCUCAACCUCACAUUGUCCAAGAACAGGAGCAAACGUCCAAAGCGAGCGGUGGAGGGCGAACACUCUCGCAUCAUCGAGCCGCAGGCGGUCCUUACCGUGCUGACUCCUCGUAAAGAGACCUACCUACUGGAUUGUUCAAAAUGGACGGCCCGCUGUGUGACCUUCACCUGUCCCUUGAUCAACAUGUCUACCUCUGCCAAGAUCAUUGUGAGGUCACGGGUGUGGAACAGCACUAUGCUAGAGGACUAUAAAAAUGCUUUGAGGAUUAAGGUUAGAGGUCAGGCCACACUGAAACUUGUGACGGACAACCCCGCCAUCAAGAUGGAAAAUGAGACCAGAGAGUUCAUAGUGGACAUUGACCCAGUCCUUGGGGUGGAAACACCUUACGAGGUUCCCCUGUGGAUCAUCAUCGUUGCCGUGGUAGCAGGAAUCCUGCUGUUAGGAGUCAUCAGCAUUAUACUAUGGAAGUGCGGCUUCUUCAGGAGGGCCAGCAGGAGGGAGAUGUACGAGGCCAAAGGCCAGAAGGCUGAGAUGAAGAGCCAGCCCUCAGAGACGGAGAGGCUGACUGAGGACUACUGAGACAGGAGAGGCCCCCAAUGAGGGGCCAUGCUACACUCCACUAGGGCGCCUGGCUUGGCUUCUUCAAGCGGGCCAUCUACUACCGGAUUAUGCCAAAGUACUAUGGAGUGAAAAUCCGUAAGGAGGAACGCUACCAGUUUAACAUGGGCUUCCAGCCAGAGGAUCCAGACAAGAAGUACUGGAUCACCAACUGGACAGAGAUGCAACGUUACUACUACUGAAACCCUGACCUAUGACCCUGAACUCUGAACUCUUGACCUCUGCCAAAGUUCAGGAGCAUUGUGACGGAAGGACACAAGGGUUUUUGGGAUGUCACACAACUUGGAGGGCACAGCACACAGACCAAUUGUGAAUACUGACCACAUUGAUUCUGGAACCUUUCUCCACUGUGUAUAAGUCUCUGUAGAUUUCAUCAAAAUAUUUUUUGUUGUUUUUUUGGUGCAAUAUGCCAAAUAUACUGUUUCAGAAAUUGCAAUGUUUCAAGUAUUUUGAUGAAAGCAGUGUUGUACAUUGAAAGAGUGUUUAAAAAUCCCAGUUUGGUUGUAAAUUUGAUUUAUUUUCCUACCACUGCAUAUUUAAGUACUGAAAAAAAAAAACCUUUGCAUGUAUAUUUUUCUUCCAUAUGAUCUAUGUGCAAGUUCCUGAGCAGUCAUUUUUUUUGUCGUCACUGUUUUCUUUUUUUAAUCAGGUGAAUGAGUCUGUAGAGAGUCUGUAAAAAUUCUUAGUGAAUGUACUGUUCCUUUCAUAUCUCUUUGUUUUAGAAUGUCACUGAUUGUCAGUGGUUUAGCGAUGACGUCACUACGACAGUAGUUUGGGAGAUUAUUUUGAACUGUGCAGAGCUUUAUUAAUCAUCAGGGUCAUCUGAUGUUAUGACAGAACAAUAACAGUGCCUUAAAAGAGAUGGAUUCAGUGAUGACACUUUACAGUGCCUUCAGGAAGUAUUCAUACCCCUUGACUUAUUCCACAUUUUGUUGUGUUACAUACUUGAAAUCAAAAUGGAUUAAAUAAAUAAAGUCUCACCCAUCUACUCACAAAACCCCAUUAUGACAACGGGGAAACAUGUUUUUAGAAAUGUUUGCUAAUAUAUUGAAAAUUAAAUACAGAAAUAUCUCAUUUACAUAAGUAUUCACACCCCUGAGUCAAUACAUGUUAGAAUCACCUUUGGCAGCGAUUACGGCUGUGAGUCUUUCUGGGUAAGUCUCAAAGAGCUUUGCACACCUGGAUUUUACAAUAUUUGCACGUAAUUAUUUUUUUUUAUUCUUCAAGCUCUGUCAAGUUGGUUGUUGAUCACUGCUGGACAGCCAUUUUCUAGUCUUGCCAUAGAUUUUCAAGCCGAUUUAAGUCAAAACUGUAACUAGGCCACUCCAGUGUAUUGUGUCUUAGGUCAUGUGCUUAGCUCUAUUCCGUUUCUUUUUAUCCUAAAAAAACUCCAUAGUCCUUGCCGAUGACAAGCAUACCCAUAACAUGAUGCAGCAACCACCAUGCUUGAAAAAUAUGUGGUACUCAGUGAUGUGUUGUGUUCGUUUGCCCGAAACAUAACGUUUCGUAUUCGGGACAUACAUUUCAUUUCUUUGCCAAUUUUUCAGCAGUUUUACUUUAGUGCCUUAUUGCAAGCACAAUGCAUGUUUUGGAAUCUUUUUUUAUUCUGUACAGGCUUCCUUCUUUUCACUCUGUCAUUUAGGUUAGUAUUGCGGAGAAACCACAAUGUUGUUGAUCCAUCCUCAGUUUUCUCCUAUCACAGCCAUUUAACUCUGUAACUGUUUAAAAAUCACCAUUGGCCUCAUGGUGAAAUCUCUGAGCAGUUUUCUUCCUCUCCAGUAACUGAGUUAGGGAGGAUGCCUGUAUCUUUGUAGUGACUGGAUGUAUUGGUACACCAUCCAAUGUGUAAUUAAUAACUUCACCAUGCUCAAAGGGAUAUUCAAUGUCUGCUUCUUUAAAUGUUAACCCAUCUACUAAUAGGUGCCCUUUGCUAGGCUUUGGAAAACCUCCCUGGUCUUUGUGGUUGAAUCUGGGUUUGAAAUUCCUUACAGAUAAUUGUAUGUGUGGGGUACAGAGAUGAGGUAGUCAUUCAAAAAUCUUCACGUUAAACACUAUUAUUGCACACGGAGUGAGUCCAUGCAACUUAUGUGACUUGUUAAGCAAAUGUUUACUCCUCAACUUAUUUAGAGUGCCAUAACAAAGGGGUGGAAUACUUGUUGACUCAAGAAAUGUCAGCUUUUCAUGUCUUAAAACAUAAUUCCACUUUUACAUGAUGUGGUAUAGUGUGUAGGACAGUGACACAAAAUCGAAAUUGAUUCAAUUUUAAAUUCAAGCUGUAACACAACAAAAUGUGGAAAAAGUAAUGGGGUGUGAAUACUUUCUGAAGGCACUGUAUGUCUGUGGAUUGCAUGCAGUACUCUCCAGUGCAAGAUCAAGCAGUAUAAUAUUGGUGCAUUGCACACAGGAAAAUUGUAUCUGCACAGCUUUAGACAGAGGAUAUUUUCAGGGUUUAAAGUUAGAGUUUAAAGUCCCUGUUGUUUCCAGUAGAUCUUGGAUGGACAGAAAACACAUUAAAGAAGGGAAACAAGAAAAAUAAAUUGUAUGAAAGCAGAUUAGCGUUUUUUGUCAUGAAUCUUGUUCUGGAGGCAGCUCUGCAGAGUGGUCACUAGCUGGCACAGGCACAAAGUCAUAAAAUCGGAAUUUAAACUUAACCUUAACCCUAACCUUAACCACACUGUUAACCAUAAUGCCUAACCCUAACCUUAAAUUAAGACCAAUUUAAGACUAAUUUUUGUUUUCAUUAUUUUUUACAAUAUAGCCAAUUUCGACUUUGCAGCUGCCUCCAGGACAAGACUCAGGACAGUAAACGUUUACCUGCGGUAUGAAAUGGCAGUACAUACUGUAUGUGACCCUACUAGCCCUAUCCAUCCUCUGCAUAUCUGCUUCUCGCAAUGGCCCCUAAGCACUCCAGCAGGACAUAGAAUAGCCUAGUGGUUGCUUGUUUUUAUGCUCCAUCUUUGAAACAAGCCAAUAUUCGGUGGUGGGAUGGGAUGGUUGUAGUGCACUUGAAUUGUGAAUGACUGACGAGAGAUGAACACUUCUCUAAAUUAGGAUUUAUUUCACUGAACUGUGUGGUUUACGACAGUAGAGCGCCGGUGCCGUUGUUCUUGUUGUAAUCAUAUAGAGGGAGUCGUAACACUGAACUUAAUGUAUAGGUCUUUGGCCUGAUUACUGUACAUGACAGCAAUGUAAUGUUAGCGGGCUACAGACACUACACUUAGGGCCAUAUUCAAUCCGUAUUGUGGAAAUUCAACGUUACAGCGUGAUUUGAAUUUAAAGGCAAUGCUCCCGCGUUAGCGCAGACUGCAUUCACGGUAAACGCUGUACAACACAGUGUACUGUAGAUUGGGAGCGUGAACAACGGGAUUUGAUGUAUUCAUAUUCUCGUAGUAAGUUACCCUAUGACUGCUCAAAUGGAAUGACUGACUGUUUGAAUGACUGCAUUUCUCCUGAAUCAUUUACAUUGUAACAUUUUACUUGUGUAGUUUCUUCCAUCGUUCAUUACUGUGCUUCAUAUUGUGAAGUUAUGUGGAAUGUUUGGUAGGAGGCAGAGCAUUUCUUGUCGUGGUCAACCUGCAUAACUAAUGCCCACAGAGCAUUUCUCAGUCAACAGAGAGUAGACAGCUACUGGAGUGUUACACAACUGUCUGUCAGCACACCAAAUGGCACCCUAUUCCCUACGUAGUGCACUACUUUUGACAGUGGUGGAAAGUACAUAAUUAAAAAUACUUUAAAGUACUACUUAAGUCGUUUUUUGGGGGUAUCUGUACUUUACUGUUUAUAUUUUUUUUUACAACUUUUACUUCACUACAUUCCUAAUGAAAAAAAAAUAUUUUUAUUCCAUACAUUUUCCCUGACAUCCAAAAGUACUCGUUACAUUUUGAAUGCUUAGCAGGACAGGAAUAUAGUCCAAUUCACUCACUUAUCAAGAGAACAUCCCUGGUGAUCCCUACUGCCUCUGAUCUGGUGGACUCAGUAAACAAAAAUGCUUCAUUUGUAAAUGAUGUCUGAGUGUUUGAGUGUCCCCCUGGCUAUCAGUAAAUAAAUAAAAAACAAGAAAACUGUGCCGUCUGGUUUGCUUAAUAUCUGGAAUUUGAAAUGAUUUAUACUUUUACUUUUGAUACUUAUAAGUACAUUUUUGUGAUUACAGUUACUUUUGAUACUAAAUUAUAUUGAAAACCAAACACUUUUAGACUUUUACUCAAGUACUAUUUUACUGGAUAACUUUCACUUUUACUUGAGUCAUUUUUUAUUAAGGUAUCUUUACCUUUAAUCAAGUAUGACAAUUAGGUACUUUUUCCAUCACUGCUUAUGGGCCCUGGUCAAAAGUAAUGCAAUAAAUAGGGGAUAGGGUGUCAUUUGGUCUGCAGGAGACAGUUGUGUAACUACUCCAGUAGCCAUCACCUGAGGCACCAGAGAUAUUCCUCUUCUGGCUGUCUGGCCACCCCUCAUAGCCUGGUUCCUCUCUAGGUUUCUUCCUAGGUUUUGGCCUUUCUAGGGAGUUUUUCCUAGAAACCGUGCUUCUACACCUGCAUUGCUUGCUGUUUGGGGUUUUAGGCUGGGUUUUUGUACAGCACUUUGAGAUAUCAGCUGAUGUAAGAAGGGCUAUAUAAAUCAAUUUGAUUUGAUUUGAAUUUGAUUUGAUUCUGCAAAGAGAUUCUUUAACCGGUCAUCUGUAGUCGUUGCUACAGACGUUCCAUUUAUUUUUAUUUUUUUUGCUUAAAAUGUGGGGCUCAAACAGGUGGGGCUCUGCCUGAAAGACGUGUCGCCACUGUAUAGUGGUGUUAUUUUAUACCAUGCUGUGUCAAUGUACUGUAAUUAAACAGUUAACCUGUUAACACCCAUUAUUUGAUUGAAUAUAUCACUUGUUAUUACCUGCACGAUUAAACACAUUGUUAUUGUUUUAUCCA